ACGCGCCUUCGUUUCGUUAUCGCAGCCGGGGUUUCUGGUGACGUCACGCAGGAAAGUACACAUUCUCACGGUGCCGCCGCCGCUUGUCGACAACCGAAAACAAACCGGACUGCACCCGUUCAUACCGAAACAACGGCUCAUGACACGCUCGUAGACACACACGCUUGGAGUUUGUGCAGUUUGUAAAGAAAAACAAACAUGGAGAAACCUCCGUUCAGGCAGAACCAGAACUGCGGAGACUGGGAGCUGAAAGAGAGGCUCGGCAUGGGCGGGUUCGGCAAUGUUUACCUCUACCAGCAUCAUGUAACGAAUGAAAAACUAGCUCUGAAAAUGUGCCGCCUGGAGCUCACACCAAGAAACAAAGACAGAUGGACCAGAGAAAUCCAGAUCAUGAAAAAGUUAAAUCACAUCAACGUCGUGACAGCUCGAGAUGUCCCAGACGAAAUGUUGGACAUAAGCUUAAAUGGUCUUCCACUCUUGGCCAUGGAGUACUGCUCCAGGGGAGACCUGAGGAAGAUCCUGAGCAAACCUGAAAACUGCUGCGGUUUGAAAGAGAGCGAAGUGCUUUCAUUACUCAACGAUGUUGGAUCUGGUAUCCAGUAUCUCCACGAAAACAAGAUCAUACACAGAGACCUCAAACCUGAAAACAUAGUGCUGCAGGACAUCAACGGAAAGCUGGUUCACAAGAUCAUUGACCUGGGCUACGCUAAAGACCUGGACCAGGGCAGUCUGUGCACCUCCUUCGUUGGCACACUUCAGUACCUGGCGCCCGAGCUGUUUGAGAACAAGCCAUACACGGUCACCGUGGACUACUGGAGCUUCGGCACGAUGGUGUUUGAAUGCAGCUGUGGUUUCCGUCCGUUCCUGCACAACCUUCAGCCCGUGCAGUGGGCGAGCAAAGUGAGGAAUAAAGGUCCAAAGGACAUCAUGGCUGUGGAGGACGUGAACGGAGAAGUCAAGUUCUCCACGCACCUCCCGUACCCCAACAAUCUGAGCAGGACGCUGUUGGAGCUGUUGGAGUCUCUGCUCCAGCUGAUGUUAAAGUGGGAUCCUAUCCUGAGAGGAGGCAAAAUCAGCGCCGACACCAAGAGGCCGAAGUGCUUCGAAGUGCUGGAGCAGAUACUCAGUAUGAAGGUCGUCCACAUCCUGAACAUGACCACCGCUCAGGUUCACUCCUUCCAGCUGACCCCGGACGAGAGUCUGCACAGUUUACAGAAGCGCAUCGAGGGCGAGACCAAGAUCGAAGUCGUGAACCAGGAGCUGCUGCAGGAGACGGGAGUGUCGCUGGAUCCCAGGAAGCCCGCCGCGCAGUGUGUCCUCGAUGGCGUGAGAGGCUGGGACAGCUACAUCGUCUACCUGUUUGACAAGAGCAUCACCACGUACUCCGGUCCCUUCAGUGCCAGACAACUUCCCGACAAAGUCAACACUAUCGUGCAAGAAGCCAAGACGCAGCUGCCCCUGGUGGUGUUGAAGAAGGUUUGGGGUGAAGCGGUGAGCUACAUCUGUGGCCUGAAGGAGGACUACAGCAGGCUUUUCCAAGGACAGAGGGCCGCGAUGCUGAGUCUCCUGCGCUACAACACCAACCUGACCCGGUGUAAGAACAGCAUGUUCGGCUUCUCUCAGCAGCUCAAGGCCAAGCUGGACUUCUUCAAGAGCAGCAUCCAGUACGACCUGGAGAAGUACAGCGACCAGAUGCACUACGGCAUAUCCUCCGAGAAGAUGCUGAAAGCCUGGCAGGAGAACGAGGAGAGAGCGGCUGCUUUUGCUCAGGUGGCGGAGGUGAGCCAUCUGGACGACGAGAUCAUGGCGCUGCACUCGGAGAUAGUCGAGCUUCAGAGGAGCCCGUACGCUCGUCGCCAAGCAGACAAGAUGGAGCAGCUAGAGGAAAAGGCCAUCGAGCUCUACAAGCAGCUGAAGAUGAAAUGCAAAACGCCUGAACCAGACGUGAGCAGCGACAGCUCCGAGAUGGUGAAGGCGAUCAUCCAGACCGUCCAGAACCAGGACAAGGUGCUCAAAGAUCUGUACACACACCUCAAAAAGAUCCUGUUCAGCAAACAGAAGAUCAUCGACUUGUUUCCACGAAUCGAGAAAACCCUGGAGAGCAUAAAGGACGCCGACAACACCGUGAUGCAGAUGCAGAUCAAGAGGCAGCGAGAGUUCUGGCAUCUACUGAAGAUCGCCUGUGCUCAAAACUCGUCGAGGAACUCGAUAGCAGCCAGCCCCGAGUCGUCCAACCUGCUGCAGGUUUCUCAGUGGUCACAGUCGGCGCAGCCCGUCAGCUCCCCACAUCCCCUGACAUCCCUACCAGGGCCAAACGACAGCGAUGCUGCGCCACGUCUGCUGCAGGAGAACCAGAAGUACCUCACUCAGCUGACCAGCCUGAUGCAGGAGGCUGCAGACGACCAGAACAAAAGCAUCGUGGACCAAGACUGGAGCUGGACGAAAUACGAAACUUUAACCACAAAGUUAAAAAAGAGAAACGCGUGAGCACCGUCGCCUCGUCCUCCAUCCUCCUCUCCCUCCUCUUCCUCCCUCCCUCCUCCGCCUGUGCUCCGACUAACACUAAAGACUGUCAGCAGAGCGGCGUCACGCUUCGUACAGCUGUACACGGACUUCACGUGAGUUCACACACGCUCAGCGUCUCACACGGUGGAAGGUUCGAUCAACCAGCGCAGCUCCACCUUUUUUUUGUUUUUCUUUCCACAUUCAUCACAAUCAAUAAACAGAAUAACUGUUAUCGCAGAAGUGUAGCAGCAGGUUUGGAGGGUUUGAGAUGGAUCGAUCACACGGGGGGGAGAGUGUCGGCACGGAAACAUGGGAACUAGUUCAAACUUGUGACACGCAAGGAAAACACAGGAAGUGGUCGCGGAGGGGGGGGCGGCGGGGCGGGGCGGAGGGGUCGCGGAGGAAAUCACAAUCAAGCAAACAGCACUUUGAUACUCCCAUGUAUCCUCUCUGUGAAGAGCGGCGUCGCUCCGGAUGAAAACGUUCCAGGCUGCCAAAAAAAAAGUCUCAGAUUUACAGCGAAAGCAAACAAAGUGUUUUCAUCGCUCGUCAUCGGUUUGUUUCAUUCUUCAGUCUGAGCUUCAGAUUCUAUAUAAAUGUUAUUUUGAUUUAGUUUAUUUUAAAAAUAAAGUGUUAAGUCACGUGGCUGGCCAUUAUUAUUGUUUCUACACAAUGUUUAUACUGUACGUCUUUUUACUGUCUCAUUUAUGUGCACAUGAUGUUUCACCGCACGCUUCACGCCGCGUUCGUGUCACGUACGGUUUCAGAUUAAAAGCAGAUUUUUAAAGGAGUCUCCAUCGUCGGCGCUUGAGGCCAAAUUACACCGAGCUGAUCGCGGUUGUAGUCGAGGUUUCAAAGCCCACAGGAGGCGCCGCGGUCUGUUUUUUAGAAGCCGCCGGUCUCCACUCGUUUUAUUUUUCCGGUUGACUUUCAAAAUAAAACAGACUUAAGAUCAUAAAAACAAUUUAACCACGUAGCAUAUUUACACAUGUCGGAGCACACGAAGCAGAAAAAUGAUCAAAUUUGAGCGAGUUAACAAAGUUAGAACAGACCAGAACAGACGGAUGGUAACCCGGCGCUUUGUGUAGCAGAUCCAUGAAUGUCACAUUCAUGGACGUGUCAUGAGUUUCCGGUCUUCACACUCUAAUAUGCAGCAAACAGGCGGACGGAAACACUCUUUAUUAACCCGUUUGUAACCAAGACGGCACAGAUAUGAAACAUUUCUUUGUCUUUUAUGACGGUAAACUGGAUAUGUUUUGAUUUGGGACUGCUGCUUGAGCAAAACGAGCUUUUAUAAUAAGUCUAAUAAGAGUCUGUUAAUAAAUUAAUUAACCAGGAGAUCAAUUGAUAACAAAAGUCCAGUUUGAUGCUUUAAUGUCAGAGCUCAGUGAUUCGAUGAUGUAAACUCUUGAAGGUCAACUGCAAACGUUAUAUUUUUGGAUAAUUUGGUAAUUUUGUCAGAUUAACAGACAGAUUCAGACUUAAUUAAUUAAUUAAUUCAUCCAGCGAGCCUUAAAAUCCAAACUCAUUCAGCUUGAAAUCAUAUAAAAACAAAGAAAAGUGAAGCUGUAACGAGAGAAAAUGAAAAAUCGAUCAGUUAUUGAAACGUUUUUCAGAAUAAUCAGUCGUCUGAUCCUCUGAGCUCCCACGUGACGUGAACGCGGCGUUAAACGUGGAGGCGCGGCACCGCCCGGUUUCCAUCGACCCCCGCGGUGAAACAAAAACGUGAAUGAUCGGAUCAGAGAGCUAAACGGUUGAAUGUACUGCAGUUACACCGAGAGGUGGCAGCUGAAUCGUCACGUGGUUUCUUCGAGGCCAGAGAGAAAUUAUUAAAGAGUCGUAUUUAUGAAGUUAAAGUGCAAUGGAAAAGAUUUUUUUUAUUUUAUUUAAGUAACUCAGAUUGUCAGUUUCCAUUUGAGUUUUUGUUUCCAUCUGAUGGUUUAAAUUUGUCUCUGAAUGUUUAAUUUUUUUUUUUUAGAUUUCAUUGUAUAAAGAUCAAAUGUUUGCCUGGUAAUGAAAUAAAACAACUUUGGCAUGAAUCCGA